AAAGUAUAGAUAGAAUGGAUGCACAGACCAUGUAUAAAGAACUCCUAGAAUACGUCGAAGCUGGUAAUAUAGAAGAGGAGGAUGUUCUAAAAAUUUCUAUGAUUCAAAAUUGGAUAAAUACAUAUGCUCGUACUUUUAAGUGA